GGUAUCCCAAUCGAUUACCAUUCCUUCAAAAGCUACAGCAAAUUCGAUCGCGCGAACUUCUUUUUAUAUUAAUAACGUUUUACACAAAAUCUAAUAAUUUUAUCGACAUUUUACUUUGUUUGUCUUGCAUAUUUCGAAGUUUAUUUAUGUAUUGUUAAAUGGCAGCUUCGUCGGAGGUUGUCAUAGAAACGCAGUGUAAUGUUGUUUUGGUUGUUGUAGUGUAGGGUAGACAUGGAGCAGACUUCCUCUAUUUUAGGAGGAAACAUGAAAAGAUCUAAAUAUGAAAGCAUUAUUAAUGCUGCCGGUAGACAUCUUUUAAAGCGGAAUUGCACAGAUUCUGAUAUUCUGAAAAAGAACAAGUUAAAGUUGAAGCAGACCACCGAGCAAUUUGAAAACUCCUCCGUAUGGAGCCAGAAGAUAAUUUCUGUUCAGAAUUCUAGCCUUAGUGAACAAGAAGCAGAUCUUCAAUUCUCAAAAUUGAAGGCAUGGGUGGAAUCUCUAGAUGAUGGUGCUAGAAUCGAAAUAGAUGAAAUUCUUUUUCCUGCAUUUAUUUCACUAUACAGAAAACUUAAUGUUAGUGGUAACACAAGUGGAGCAAGAGGGUUUUAUGCCCGCAACCAGUCAAACUUUUUCAAAGUGCCUGAACUCCGGAAAAUGGCUGAAAGAUUUUGUUCAGAAAAUACCAGUCAUUUUAUUCUGGAGUUGUCCCAAGAACCAUAUGAAAUACUUCAUAGUUAUAUUGGAAGCAAUGAACACCCCCUUUUGCAACAACUACUUAACACAACCUUGGAGAUCAGCAUCAUUAAAACGAAAAUUGACUCCAGUGAUCCCUCACAAGCAAUUUCUAAAUCACAUGAAGACUCGUCAAAUAUGGAAGAAGUGCAGGAUUUGAUGGCUGCCAUUUCUCGAUUGGACGAACUUCCGCCCACUGCUCCGUUAUUGAAGUUAUAUUCUAUCGACACAGGACAAAGGAGAAUGAGUGCAGCCUCUGCCUCACCCUGCCAAGGCUAUCUUUCCUGUGGAUUUCAAGAUUCAUCCGUGGCCAUCUGGGAUGUUAAAGAACUACGAUCACCGUCUCUGUCGGAUGUUAGUCGGUCAAAUCUCUCUGAAUCCUGCGCCAUCGGCCUCUAUCAUCCCGUGGCUUCCACAUUAACGUUCCCACUGGAAUCCGAUUCUUCCGUCUCUAUAUGUUUGGGACAUACUGGUGCUGUUUAUGCUACUCAGUUCACGCCUAAUAACACUUACAUGCUUAGCUGUAGCGAUGACACCACCUUAAGGCUUUGGGAUAUGUCAUCCAUGGAAAAUGCAGUAGUGUAUCGUGGACACACUUACCCCGUGUGGGCCAUGGAUGUCUCGCAACAGGGCCAGUACUUCGCGUCUGCAUCACAAGAUCGUACUGCCAAAAUUUGGAUGUUUGAUCGUACUUUUCCCUUGCGGAUUCUAGCCGGCCAUACUGCCGAUGUUGAUUGUGUGACUUUCCAUCCAAAUGGACUUUACUUGGCUACGGGUUCUGCUGAUAGUUCUGUCCGUAUGUGGCAUGUCGCAGAGGGCAAAACAGUUCGCAUAUUGGUUGGCCACCGUGGCACAGUUUUAGCCGUUGCUUUCAGUCCUUGUGGAAAGUUGUUAGCUUCAGCUGGUGAAGAUCAUCGCGUUAAGAUUUGGGAUGUUGCUGCUGGGUCUAUUCUUCAUGAUUAUGCUGGCCAUCACGAUGUAAUCCAUGGAUUAGUCUGGAUCUCUGAGAAUGUUCUUGGCUCAUACAGCGCCGACGGUAACAUACGGGUCUGGAAUGUUACGCAGCAUUCCUUUCCUCCGUCACAGCAAUCACAGCAAGAGCUUGCGUCGUAUUCAGUGUCGGCACCCACGAAAAUCGUACAUCUUGGUCGUGGAAACCAAUCAACUUUGGUCUGCAUCGCUGCUUCAGAUUAGGAUAUCUGUAAAUAUUCUCUCUUUUUCUUAUAUAUAUUUUUUCUCGGUUAAGUGUUUUUAGUGUAAUAGAAAUUCAUCGAAAACAGUUAAUUCGUGUGAAACUUAACCUCGUA